AAGACUGACCUCCAGGUCUUCCUCCGACCGCGUGUCUCAUCUCUGACCGCACCACCAACCAUCGCCACUUAUUCGCUACUUGUGUAUCUCAGCGCCACGUCAUCAUUAUCUAAUUAGUCUGGCUGGUCUGGUCACGUCAGGCAGGCCACUUUUACGUCGCAACAACUCGCAGCGUUGCAGUACUGACAAAGAGUCAAGCCUCACCGCUCCUGCCUCUAUAUUUCUCCUGGCGCCGACCCCACCCCACCGUUUUCCCAGUAGUUUUGUCUCCACGCUUCGUACCUCCCACUGUGCACCUCGCAUUCCGCAUUGCGCAUUCCGCGUUCCGCACUCCGCACUCCGCUCUGCGCGUUCCGCAUUCCGCGCGUUCCGCGCAUUCCGCCAAUCGCGCAAUGGCGUCCGCUGCGCUCUUCCGCUCCGCCGCCCUCGCCUCCCCGCUAAACGCCUCUCCGCUUGCGCGAACCCCCCCGUCACUGCGUCGUGCUGUGCGGGGACUGGCGGGACUGUCGCGACGCAACAUUCCUCGAGGUCUUGCGUUGCGAGCUGAGCAGCAGGCGCAGGAGAGCAGCAAUGCGUGGCAACAGGAGGCGCAGGAGAGCAGCAAUGCGUGGCAACAGGAGGCGCAGGAGAGCAGCAAUGCGUGGCAACAGGAGGCGCAGGAGAAGGGCAACAAGGCUCCGAGGGAAAGGCUGCUCAUGUCCGUUGCUCCCAUGCCUGUGGCCGCCCUUGCUGCUGCCGACGCCCUCAGGGAGCUGUUACAGCCGUACGGCGAGUUGGUGCGUUCCUGGAACCUUCCUGACUGGCUCAUCCACUGGGGUCACCCCGGCAACAUGGCAGUGGUUCUUCUGGCCAUGGGGGGGUACGGCUCGUACCUGGGAUGGCAGAUCCGCCUUGCCUCGUCGCCUGAAGCCAAGGCUGCUGCACGCGCUGGUCACCCGCCCAUCAUGGCGUUCAUGUUUCUCUUCUUCGCCAUCGGUGCCACGGGCGGCCUCACUUCCCUCGUGACCAGUGGCAGACCCAUCUUCGAGAGCCCCCAUGCAUACAGUGGCAUGGCUGGCCUUGUGCUGCUCACCAUUCAGGCGGCAAUGACUUCCCAGUUCAAGAGCAACCCUGACCUGCGGGGCGUCCAUGCAUAUCUGGGCAGCGCGAUAAUGCUCCUCUUUGUCGUCCACGGCAUUCUCGGGCUGCAGCUCGGCCUGAGCUACUAGCGGUCCCUAAGUUGUACCAGGCCUGGGCUAAAAGCUCACCCACUCAAAAAACAGAUUUGGGCAGUGUGAUAAUGCUGCUCUUCGUCGUCCACUUUGUUCUCGGGCUCCAGCUUGGCCUGAGCUAUGAACGGGCACCUAAGCUACUAGCUCAUAUGCAAGACCGGCAGGCACCUUUGCCUGGGCUUGCUCUUGGCCAUCUUUGGAUUUAUCGGGCCUCAGCCCAGGCAAAGCUAUGAGCACUUAAGACCAUUACCAGGCACCUGCAGUGUAUGAGUGUCCGUUACUUAUGCCCAGUGGCUUGCUCCUUGUUACUAGCUAUUAGCACCUACAUUAUAGUAGCAUGCAUAAGCUGUGAGCAGAGAUGCAGUAUGGUAGUACUUGU